CGCAAAGAUGUUUGGGCGGACGAGUGAGCCGAGGUAACCUUAAAUCUACAUCCUCCUGCGUUCAUACGAGCUCUACGAGUGUCUGCGAAAGAGGGAGGGGACGUAGAAAAAACAUAUAAACAAGUGCAUCUGAGGAGCCAAGAGGCAGGGAGCCAUGCAGAGUCCGACCCAGUCAAACAGCGGGCCAAACCCUGUGACCACAGCAACCACAGAGAAACCACUGGACACGGAGACCGAGGCUCAGCCAGCACAAAGUGAACCAGAUGCACAAGAAGAAGAGAAUAAAUCGGCUGAUCUGGUGGCUCAAACACCAGUCACGUCACAGGAAAAUGGGACACAGGCAGGAACACCUGCAAGUAUGGCAGUCACACAAGCAGUGGAGAAUGAGCCUGCUGCUGCUCAGCCACUGACUGAGCCCGCAGAUAACACCGGUGGGAUGGAGGUGGACUCUGCUUCAAAGCCAAGUGCCCCCAUUGAGCCGGUACCUGAUACAAAUUCAAAUCCUGGGUGUGAUGGACAAAAGGCAAAGAAAGAGGACAAAGGUGCACGUGACGGUAGGAAAUAUGUUCCCUCCAAGAAGGCGAUGGUAGAUCCUCUGAAGAUGGACAUGUCCAAACCACUGGUCGUGCCUCUCACCUCAUCCCAGCUCUCCCUGCAGUGCAUCGAGUGCCACAUCAUCUUCAGUGAUCACAAGAGCAAAGAGCGUCAUCUGAAGUUGAGCCACCCAGCAGAAUAUGAACAAUGCAUACUGAGAAAUGCCCUUUUCGCUUGUUAUGUUUGUGAUCGCCACUUCACAAACUCCACGGAGCUCAUGGCCCACCAGAAAGCCCACAUAGAGAAGAAACCAUUCAAGUGUCCAAUCUGUGGCCAGGCCUUCAACAAGUCAUCAGAGCUCACCCGUCAUAAAAAAAUUCAUUUUGGCCUGGAUGGUUAUGCCUGCACUGACUGUGGCAAACCUUGCAAAACCAUGACAUUGCUCAAGUAUCACCGCCGCACACACACAGGGGAGAGGCCAUAUGUUUGCAAGGAGUGUGGAAAGAGGUUCACCAUGUCCAAAGCUCUGCAGAAACAUAUGGUGUCACACUUGCCAGAGGGAGCUGAAGGAGAUGGUGGAGACACUACAGCUAAAGCACUUCGGAAGAAAGAUGAAGGUGCUUCUAAGAAGUAUCCUUGUUCUGUAUGCAAGGCCACAUUCAAGACUACCAAGACACGGCUAUAUCACAUUAAAACUAAGCACAAUGUGUUGCCUGCUGCAGCCAGUAAUGCCCUCACAGCUGGGCCACAAGUGAAACAAAGUACACCCAUCAUAACUCCAAUAUCUAUUUGCCAGCCAGCACUACUACAGUUGGAGCCCAAUGGACCUCUUCAAAAGGUUGAUGCUAAUAUUGACACAGAGCAGAUUCGCAGACUUAUUGAAUCUUUGGGAAAUGUGCAGAAAGUGAAUCAAGUUGUGAUAUUGGGGCAGGUGCCACCUCAUGCCCCACCACUGGAAGUGCAACAGAUAUCAGAACUGGCAGAACCAGUGAAUUUGAAUCUCAAUCCACCACAAAUAGAUUUUAUGGGACUGAAACAGACACAUUCUAAGAUAGUUGAAAUGGAUCCUUCAAACAACCCAUGUGAUUCAAUGGAACAAACAAUUAUACUGGAACCUAUUACGCCAGAUGGACAGUUGGAAAACCCCUCUUUCUCUGAACUGGGUUGCCAUAUAGCAACAGGUGAAAAUAUAGAGCUAACACUUGUUCAGCCUGAACAAGAGAGACCUGAGGGAGAAGUAAUGCAUCAGAUCUUUCAACAGCACAAUAGUACUGCAAUUCAGUCGGAUCCUAUCGAACAAAUAGUUCAGAAUGAGAUAGUUCUCAAAGAAAACCUGGAGCAAACAGUCAUAUUAGAACUUACUCCCGCCUUGAUACCAACUGUGGUGCUAGAAGAAUCCCAAACUAUGCCACAAAAUGAAAUCCCAUCCUCCUCUCUGGUACCAACCACUGAACUAGAAAAGACACCUGAUCACACCCCAGAACAGACUGUAAUACAUGAGCAGGAUACCAGCCUGUCAGUCCCACCACUUUUGCAUACAGUUGAGUUGGAGAUGACACCUUUACAAAAAGAACAAGACCUUCAUACCUGCCCCUUUGUUCCAGCAGACACACUUACGGAAACUCCAAGUGAAUCUGAAAGUAACCCCAAAAACGAGGUUGAUUCACAGAUGCAAACAGUAAGCACAGAUCAGGUUCACCCUGUGAUGGAUGGAGCGACACCACUAGAGACACAGGAAAAGGAUGAACAAGAACCAUCUGAGAAAUUGCUAGUAGAUAGCAAGGAGGGUCAGGAGCAGGUGGAGAACCUGACUGAAGUUGAGGUCCCAUCGACUAAAGAUGAGGUCCCAUCACAAUUAGAGACAAAGCAGGUACCACAGAUCUCAGAAUUACCCAUGAAUGUUAUGUCAGCUCAGGAGCUGGUGAAAGUACGGAAAAGAAAGCCAGCCAGGGCAUUUAUCUUUCAAGGAUAUAUGCAAGAACUGGUCGGAUCCAUAUACAGGGAUGAUUUACAAAUUGAUGCUCAGCCUGCCAAACGCCAAAGAAGACAAAAGUCUCAUCUUGUUGUCAAGUUUGGCCCACAAAACAAAGAGAAGAAAAACAAGAAGCAGAAGAAGCCAUCACAGCAGCGUCAGCCAGUGCAGGAAAAUGUGAUAAGAGGUAAAACUCCAACAACAAAUCUCUCAGACAAAAAAGUACCAUCACAGAAGAAGGGAAGAAAGGGGAAAAGGGACCAGAAAGCAGGACAUUUGGUAUCUACAGCUGAAAUAAAACCACCUACAUCAACCCAGGACCUGCAAGUGCAACAAAUCAAAGAUGAUGCAAGAAAAAAUAAAAUGAAAAAGCAAAAAGUAGUCACCACACAAGGUGUUACACAUAUAAGUGACCACAAAACAGUUGCCUCGUCUGUAUUUAAAAAGAAAAAACAAGCAAAAAUAAUGCGAAAAGAUCAGCCCAAGAAUGCAAAGGAUGGGAAGCAAAAGAAAAACCUGGCAAGAGAGGGAAAAGAAAAGGAGAGCACAGCUUCAGCAGACACACCUGGUCCACACAUAACACAAGACGCUCUACUUUUGCUGAAAGGUCAUAAACAACCCCAGCUGAAAGUUUACAAGUUAGAUGCUUCGAAGGCAUCAGGCCAGACACAAGAGACUUCACCUCAUGAGUCCCAAAUCAUUUCCCAACAGAGUAAAGACAACAGACUCAACCAUCCAACAAGUGAGUCUACAAAUAAUCUCACAGCAGAUGGUAAGAAAAAAGGAGGAAGACCCAAAAAGAACCAGAAAGCUCUUUCAUUGUUGUCCUCACUACAGGUUUCCCAUCAACCACCUGAGAAACUGCCCACUAAGCCAAAGACAACCAGGAAACGUAAAGCCUCCUUGAAAGUGGAGAUUGAAGGAGUGAUAACUUCUCAAUCCAAGCGUGCCUUAGAGUGUAAGGACUGUGGUGAGAGAUUUAGUGAAGUCUCAUCCCUUCAGAAGCACAAGGCAAUGGUGCAUAUUGUAGAAAGUCCUGGUCUCACUUACACCAAUGGGAACGUCUUUGAAGGUGUCUCCAGGCUGGAUCUUUACCAGCUUCCAAAGCAGCAUGAUAAGGUUGUUGGGGUGAUGAAUGCUGCUACAGACUGGGAUACUGAGCCUGAGAUGGCAUUAGAAGACAGAGAACGAAGUGUCUCUUUUCCAGCUUUGAUUCCUUCCCCAUCUUUGCCUGUUCCACCUUCAGAUGUUGAAAUGAGUGCCCAUGAAGAAAAGGGUGGAAGUAAAACAGGAGCGGAUGAUCAUUCUCAUCCCUCUCCAGAAGUGCACUCACCAUCUGCUCAAAUAAAAGACAGUGAGAGCAGAUUCACUUCUGAAUCCCCUUUAAAUACCACUAGUCAGACAAAGAGUUCAGAGACAGGUGAGCCUUUGACUUUAGAUGGAGGGAAGCGAGAAGAAGGUACCCUAAAGGAUCCAAGCUCAGAAGCUGAAAUUCAGGGGACCACAGAAGAAGACAUUAAGGAGGAUUUACUUUUCGAGGUAGAUUUAGUCACUGUCGGGGAGCUUAAUCAAAGAGAUGAUCCAAGUUGUCAUGGAGACACUGUUGCCCAAAAUGAAUCAAAUGGAGCCUACAAUUCAGAUGGUGGAAGCACUGGGCAAGUUCGUAAUGAAACUGAAAAAAGUCUGACUUCGCAGACUGUGUCAUGCUCCACUCGUCAAGUGGAGAUCAAAGAAGAAGAGGAAGAAAUCUUAGUCCAGAAGAAAAAAGAAGGAGGGAAAGGAGCUGCUGAGAGGAAUGCGACAAGGGGUAGGAGAAGAGGAACAGGAUGUCUAAAAAGGAAUGCGAUGUCAAAAAGAGUUUCAGUUGGAGAUACUGUCAAAGGAGUGGAAUCAGAGAGAGAACAGGAAGAAUGUCAGGUUAUUUAUGAAAAACAUCCUUUCACCACUGAUUCAGAAAUUAAUGAUGAAGGUGAGGCUGGCACAAAGUCAGAGACCAUUCCUGAAUUUGAGGCAGACGUAUCAACUGCUCCUGCUGCAGCUUUGUCUUCUAUGCCCUCUACAUUAGAGGAAUCUCCUGAAGAGCAAGUCGUUUUUGAGCUGGAGUCAGUUACCACUAGUGUUGAGGAGGUAAUUAAUGAAAGAGGACUGCAGGGAGGAGAGGAACAUGACAGGGAUCAGUCUCCAGGCAUUAUUCUUGAGAAGUUCCUCACAUCAAGAGAAAGAGCGACUGCUGACAAGGAGCUGUGCCUGGUGACAGCAAGGAACAAUCAAAGACAAGGUUUUGACAGCAUUGCUGAGAGUGAAGUUCAAGUCCUUGAAAGCCAGGAGAUCAAGGUUGAAGAGAAUAUCUCAGAUGCACCGCUUGUUGCAGCUGCCUGUCAAAAUAGACAGAGUGCAAUUGUGCAGCCACAGCAUCAUCGUGAUAUAAGGACUGUUCUGGUGAAGGAGGAGACCAGCCUCAUGCUGAAUGAGGUUCAGGCCACACAGGGCAGCAGACACAUCCGAUGGAACGUGGAGUCAGUCAACACUGACAACACCUCCAGUCCCUUCAUGGAGAGUGGGGAGACAACAAGGGACUGUCGCGUCAGCCCUGAGUUCAACACCAGACAGUGUAUCUUCUAUCCAGUAAAGGAGGAGGAGAGGGAGUUUUUGCUGGGAGCUGCUCAGGCCAACAGUGGGAAUUUAACCACAGGGAUAUCAACUGACGCCCUGCAGACGGAACAUCAAGCAACAGAAAGUAAUUUGAAUGAAGGCAGCCAUUCUGCACCAGACUACCAGGAAAGGAGAGUGAGAGGACUAUUAUCAGAAUCAGCUGUCAGUGACUUUGCAGAAGAACAAGUUGAGGCAGAUGCUGAGUGGCAGCAUCCACCAGACCUCCGGGACUUUCUCCUCCAGAGUUCUGAUGAAGAGGACAUGGGUGGUUUUGAACUGUCUGAUCCUCAGCUUGACACAGAAGCAGAAGUAAUGGCCUAUUUCUACAAGAACCAAACAAAUGGUGCACAGCCAGAAGAAAUGUCACAAAAUUUACCAUCUUCAGCGAGCCUGCUCCAAACACCAAGAGAGGAAAACAGGACGAGAGAGCCCAUUGAUUAUUUCUCCAAAUAUUUUGGUUGGGAUACUUGGGUAGAAAUUGCCAAUUGCACGAAUAAAAUGCCCAUCAUUUCCAACCCUGUCACAGCCAGAGAGGUUGCACAGUUUGUUGGGAUCCACAUUGCAAUGGGAACUUUGAAGUUUCCCAGUCCAAGGCUCUACUGGGAGGACUUGACUAAGGUGCCCUUAAUUUCUGAAGCCAUGCCACUUUCCCGCUUCCUCAAGCUGUCUCGCAUGUUGAAGCUUGCUUCUCCCACGAAGGAUCCAGUCAACAGUAAUUUUAAGGGAGGAAGACAUGAGAGUGACUUUCUCAAUGCACAGCAAGGUAAAAAUCUCUCAAGCAGUCGGAGUGAAAUUUCUCAGCAAAGCAACAGGCAGAGGCAAGAGGACACGUCAAAUAACCUGAACAGUUCACAGACCGAUCCCUUGUGGAAGGCUCAGCCCUUAUUGUGCCGUUUCAAAGCAGGGUGCCAGUCACUGAGACGAGACAGUGACUAUGCAGUCGACCAAUAUCCACUUCCUUUAACUGGGAAGGUGCACAAUAAGAAAAUGUCUCUCCACUGUACUACGUUAAUUGGAUUUGGCGGUUUGCUCUUACAUGUCGAUCUUAAAUUGGGUCUGUCUGGCAAAGAAGAUGCUGUAGAAAAAAUGGUUCCCAAAGGUAGCAUGGUGUUUCUUUGCAAACAGGAGCUUUCCACCCCUGCUAUGCUUGAGCGUCUGUUGGUCGCCGGGGUUCACGGCGCAGGCAGGGUGGGAGGAGCCCGAGGACAGAUCGGAGACGAGUUUGUAAGUUCGGAUGGGAAGUUGAUGUUGCGCAGAUCACACUGUGGCUUCAUACUUUCUACUGCUGGAAACGGCCAGAGGAGCAUGGCCUCACUCAUUGAAAACUUUGAGAAGGCUCAAAUGUCGGCUCAUCUCAACAGAGAUCUGCUAAAUCUUUACUCGAUCCCUCUCACUGCCUCGGCCCCAACCUGCUGGCCUCAAGCGGUGCUCUGGUACCUAACAGAUCUGGCUUUAGUAAAUUCCUGGCUCCUAUACAGACAGGAUCACAGGGCAGCGUCUGCACCUUUGACUCUCAUGGCCUUCAGAUUGGAGGUGUCCAAGGCUUUGAUCCUCUCCAGUGGUUCUGACACCCAGGACUCAGUCCCCCCUCAACCCCCCAUGGAGAAGACUCAUGCAACAAAUGAAACCCCCAAUCCCAGCCUGGUGGAGGAAAGUCCUCUUCCAGAUGCAGCCACACGGUACGAUGGCUCAGGUCACUGGCCAGAGCAGCUUGGGGAGGGAGAAGGGGGACGGUGUCGUUUCGGGGACUGUCAGAGAACAUCUCGAGUGCUAUGCCUUAAGUGCUGUGUCUUUCUUUGUAUCUCACGCAACCACAACUGCUUUUUGAAUUUCCAUAAUCAAGGGAGUUUGGGAAAAGAGUAGUGUCCACUGCAGACUUUACCCUUUGUUUUCACAAUUUUACAUUCUAGUUUAGAAUGUAUCUGUGUUUUUGACGUAUGUAAACCCAGCUAAUCAAAAAAAAUGAAAAUAUCACUUCCGUCCUUACAACCGUUCCAUGAUGCCUUCCGCUGGCAGUGUCAUUAUUUUGUAGGCUUAUUGUGCUGCAUUUUAAAAAGACAUGCUUGGUGGUGUGGCUUGUAAUGUUAUUGAGCAAGUGUAAAAAUGAAUUUCCCUUCAGAAGGAAAUGUAAAAAAAUCCUCAUAGCCAUACAUUUUGUGCUGCAAAAUAAGAAGAUAUGAUUUUGAGUUACCAUGAUGUUUUUUACUACUUAUUUUAACCUGACCUUAAUUCUAUAAUGAGCUUGUUUUUGGCUCCAUAAAUUUGAACGUUAUUUAUUUGAAAACAAAAUUGUUUCAGGAAACAAUA